ACCUGGAUUCGAUCAAAGUCUCCGCCGCUGUUUUUAAAGUGCCUUUUCCACUCAUCUGCCAACAUGCCCAAAGGUUUCCUCGUGAAAAGAAGUAAGAAAGCGGCGCAUGUUUCGUACAGAGUUCGCUCUGAAGAGGAUGACCAGGAACACACGCCGCCUCCAGCCUGUCAAAAUCUUACCGACUCAUCCCCAGCCGUGUCCGCCGCGUCCAGCCCGGAUCGGAUCGCAGCAUCACCCAUCCAAGCAGCAGACACGCCGGUUCCCGGGCAGGAGGCGAAACAUUUGCAAUUCGGCAACCCAGAGGCGCUGUACCAAGCCCUCUACAGCCCCACCCGACCCAUCAGCAAAGACCAUGAAAAGAGGUACUUCGACAGAACUUUCAACCUGGGCUCACCUAUAUCUGCGGAAUCUUUUCCAACUCCAGCGUCUCUUACCAGCUUGGAUCACCUGCUGUUCGCCCCGGUUGACUUGAAAAUCGGCACCAGCAACAGUAACCGCGUUGGCAGUAACAGCGCCAUACCAAGCGCGACCAUCAGGACCACCACCAAAAGGCCUUCCUCCGACAAUGACCGGAAAAGCAAAAACACAGCCAAAAAGCCCAAAGCGAUACGCAAACUUAAUUUCGAAGAUGAAGUGACUACGUCUCCUGUACUGGGUCUGAGAAUCAAAGAGGGACCUGUAGACCCAAAGCCAAGACCAGCGUCAGGAAGCAACAAGCCAUUAGGGGAGUUCAUUUGCCAGCUGUGUAAGGAAGAAUACUCGGACCCUUUUUCUUUAGCUCAACACAAGUGUUCGAGAAUUGUGCGGGUUGAGUACAGAUGCCCAGAGUGUGAAAAGGUAUUCAGCUGUCCGGCGAAUCUCGCCUCGCACAGGCGCUGGCACAAGCCAAGACCCCAAAGCGUACCCGGGAUGCCAGCACCGCAGGGCAUGAAAAUAGAUUCUGCCAAAGUAACAACCGAUGUGAAAUCUGCGCCCGAGGACAUGAAGGAUGCCAGGAUCGAACAUGUGACUGACAGAGACACCCCCAGUCCAGGUUUGUCCGAAUCGGGCUCAGAGGAUGGAUUGUACGACUGCCAACACUGUGGAAAAAGAUUUAAACGCCAAGCGUACUUAAGAAAACACAUUUUGGCACACCAAGCCUUGCAAAACCAGAUUAUCGAUGACCACCCAUUUCAAAAUGCAGAGAGAGUGGAGGACUCCCCCCACGUGUCCUCGACCACAGACGAAAGCCAAAGCUCGAGUCCCCUGAAUCUGAGCCCCGUUGACUGCCUUCUCUGCCCCGUGUGUGGGGAGAAUUUUCCCAACAGGGCCAGUCAGGAACGGCACCUGCGUCUCUUGCACUCAUCUCAAGUUUUCCCCUGCAAGUAUUGCCCUGCCACGUUCUACAGCUCACCGGGACUCACGAGACACAUCAACAAAUGCCACCCCUCAGAAAACCGCCAGGUGAUACUCCUGCAGAUGCCGGUGCGCCCCGCCUGCUGAGUCGUUGUGUAGGCGAUUAGGCUAUACUGUAAACGGAAAAGCGUUUGAAUGAUACCCUCGGGGUUGUUUUCAGCGGGCCACAACAUCAUUAAAGGCGCAUAGAGGUUCAGGCUGGGGACACGGCCCACAAAGUGGCUUUCACGCAAACCAGCUCACCAAGCAGCUAUACGGAUAUCUACAGUAGGCCUACUUCUGAAAUUAGGCUAUAUAUUUUCAGAACCUUUCUCAAGUUAGAAUGUCAGAGAGUUUGCUGUUUCCAGAGAGUUCGUCUGUUAAACUGUUAUUUUUUAGGACAAAUGCACUCGUGGUAAUGUAAUAGCUUAGACCUAAGAAAUGUUUUACUAGGUGUACCUCUUGUCAUGAAAAGCCUUUCAAGUCACAUGCUGUAAAUGUCUCUAUCAUCGUAGCUUUAAUAUAGCCUGUGAAUCGCAGGACAGAGAUUUGACUCUGCCUUUACAAAAAGGGUCUUGGAACAUUCCCUUGUUCUAGUGGACGGCCACCGAUGCCUUGUAGAGUUGUAAACACACGACAUGCGCUGUACAACUGCCUUAAAGAGUGAAACUUGAUGAUUGUUUUGAUUUUUAAAUGUUGGCACAUUCAAAAUAUUUAAGUAAGUGUAACUAUUGCAAUAUGUUUAAUCGUAAUAAUUUUAUUUAUGUAUUUAUUUAUUUAUCUAUAAUUAUUUUAUGAAAAUGAUUGUGUUGUGCGACUCUCUCUGUAUGUCCUGACAUGUUGUAGCCAAAUGUUUUUUGUCAUUGUUAUGAAGUUGUCAAUGUUGUGGGUGGUUGCUCAAUUUACAAUCUACAGCUCUUGUAAACGUAAAGCUCUUAUAGAUGCAAUCUCUUUUUUUUGUAUCAACAGGUUAUUUUGGUAAAUGUUUGCUUUUAUAGCGCUUUGAUUGUAUGUUCAAACGGUAUUGUCUGUCUAGUCCUGAAAUAAAAUAUUUUCAAAGUGAA